AUGCCGACUACGCGCGAUUACAGCCAAGAGCCCCUGGACGCGUGGGAUACAGCAGCACCAGACUGGCAAAAAGAGCCCACAACGGUUAUUUUAUUCCGCGCUGUGGGCCCCGACUUCAUCGAUCACGGCAACACGGGCGGCCUUUACCAAGGUACACAACCCGACGUCUCAACUGUCAACCUCUUCAUGUGUUGCUCGGAAGAAUUUAUCAGAAAGGCAGAACUAGACGAGUACGGAAGCAUUGAUUAUGAUAUCGAUGGGCUGGAUUUCGACUGGGAGUAUCCUGGUGCACCUGAUAUUCCUGAUAUUCCGCCUGGCACCCAUGCGGAGGCGGAGAACUACUUGAGCUUCCUCCGGGCCCUCAGGAAAGUACUGCCACAGAGGAUCACACUUUCUGUCGCCCUUCCAGCGUCAUACUGGUACCUGGCACCGUAUCCUGUUUUUAGAAUGGCCGCAGUGGUCGACUACUAUGUCUACAUGACUUAUGACUUACAUGGACAAUGGGUUGAGGAUUAUUACGACGAGUCGUCCGACUCAAACAUCCUUGUCUAUGGCGAUGACUCAGGCUCAGACUGGGUCGCAUAUAUGGAUGGAGACGUCAAGUCAAAGCGGAUCGAAUUCAUACGCAGCAUCAACUUUGCUGGUGUGGCAGAUUGGGCUGUGGACUUGGAAAGCUUCACUGGCGACUACCCGGAAGAAGAUAGUGACCCUGACGACCCCGAGAUUGACGUUAGCGACCUAGAAAAGCUACUUUGCCCCAUUGACAUGAACCCAGGAAGUAUGCGGGCCCUCCUGGAGAAGUCGGAUACAAUACCCAGCAUCUGUCGGGCUCAAUUUGCUGCCAAGAUACUUCACCAAGAUCUUGAUGACGCAGUGACGAAGUACGCCGAGGCAGCCACGGGAUUCGACGAUCUUUUUGGAUACUAUGCGGAUUGGCUCAAGGACAGCAUAAACUCGCGUCUCGAGGACUUCAUGAGUUUCGAGGACGGCAAAGGCAACAAGUACUUUAAGUGUCAUUGGAGGUAUGGCAUCGUCGACGAUUCCGGUCCGUGUACCGGAAUGCCUCAAUUUUGGAAGGACCUGAUAAGCUACACGGUGACAUAUGAGCUUCAGGAUGAACGGGGUUUCUUCGACGCCCUAGAAGAAGAGCUUGGCAUCGAGAAAGAUUGGGUCAGGUUUGGGAUACAACAAUCCCCUCCCGGUUGCGACACUACCGGAGAUGACUAUUGGCUACCGGGAGCACCCAUUCGACAUUGCAGGAGAAUAUAUCAAACGAGGGUGGGCUUCCCCAUGCGAGUUGACAAAGACCGAAUCAACGUCGGUAAUCCGAAGGCAUUGAUCGAAGCUGCAAUGCCAAAUAUCACAAUGCUUCAAAUCUCGAGCCUCGCAGCAUAUGGCGAACUAGUGAUGAGUUGUUACGACCUCACCAACCCGGAAAAUACCAAUACAGACGUCGUGGUCGCCAUGUCGAUGCCAGUCUAUCAGCUCCAAGAGGCAGUGGAUAACAUGAAAGAGAUCAAAAGCAUCGGAGAAAAGGCCCGGGAUGCCAAAAAGAAGGACUUGAUACUCAUGAUCCUCGGGAUUGUGCUGCUCAUCCUGCCCUUCGCCGGCGAAUUAUUAGGCCCCGUCGUCGGCAGUGCUACGCAAGUGGCACGACUCGCGCUCUUGAUCAGCGAGGCCGGAAAUGCAGCUCUGACGAUAGCUGACAUCAUCAAAGACCCAGCUUCAGCCCCGUUCGCGAUCUUAGGCCUUCUGAAGUAA